UGUGGAAGGGAGUACAUGUUGAUGAAAUUGAUCUGCUCAGUGAGCUCGAACCAGAGCAGGCUGGCCCAUGAGUACUCAGACUGUCGUGACAGGGGCAGCGAGGCCAGCCUGCUCGUGUCACCGCUGGUGGUGGCGGGCAUCGUCAUUGGGCUCGUGCUCUUCCUCUCCUGCGUCACCAUCAUCGUGGGAAGCCUCCGUAAGGACGGGCGUCUGCACAACCCGCAUCUACGCUCCAGUUACGCUCCUGACGGGUUCUCCUAUGGAGGGUCUAUUGGAGAGCUGAGGUCUCCGUGUAUUGAAGAUUUACCUCCUGUGUUCGAUUUCGACUCUUAUAUGGAAACUCUGUCCCAAGUCAACGUGAUGUACCCUGACGCCCCACCCCAUUAUGAAGAAUGCGUGGGGCCUGGUGCAACACAGAUGUACAUCCCCACUGAUGACCCCCCUCCAUACUCUCUCACGGACCCAUGCCAGGGAAGGGACACCCAGGCAAUGCACAACUGUUUGGAGAUUGAGGUUUCAGAUGGGGCGACGGGAAGGCUGCAUACAGUAGCCUCCAUCUCCCUGACAGCCCUCUCUACGGAGGAUGCGCCCCCUUACGAGGCUGUGGUGGGUGGCCAAGGCCAGGCCAUCCCCCUGAUUCCCACGAACCUGCAGAUGAAACAUGCCUCUGCGGACACCAGCACCCACCAGCCCAUCUCACACAGUAACCUUUUGGCCAGAGCCAGUUCAUCACCUGGAAUACAACAGUAACCUACAGAGCCUAUUUGUUUUUGAAAGGGGUACAUUUAUUGUACAUGGCAAUUGCCACAAUGUCUGUAAAGACAUGAAAAUCAAACAAGGAGUUGCGCAACAUGAACCUUAAUAAUGUUCUGAAACCUCCAGCAUCUCCGGUUUUAUCUGUACACCUGCCCUCUGCAUCAUGAGGCAUUCACCACACUGCCCAGCCCCGCCCACUCUUCCUUCAUCUCAUGGA